AUGGGUAUGCGAACCUUGCAAAUAUUUGAUAAAUUGGUUGAUAAUAUUUUGCAAUUUGGAAAUGAAAACAAACGAAUAUUACAUGUUAAAUAUCAGGAUCUCAUGAAAAAUCCAACUGAUGUUGUUCAUCGAAUCUACGAACAUUUUGGUUAUCAAUUAACAUUAGAUUUUGAUCAAAAAAUGGAAAGAUGGGUAAUUGAUAAUCCACAAGGCGCACAAGGGAGAAAUGAUUACAAUUUAGAACAAUUUGGAUUAGAUGCUGAAGAAAUUGAUAAACGAUAUGAGAAAUAUUCGAAACUUUUUCUUUAG